AUGGCCUUCAAUAGUAUAUUCAUUGUCAUUGCGAUAUGUCUAGCAUCUCUUGCAAAUGCCGUGGCAAUCACCGGCCCUCCCGGCGGCGUCAACAAUUCCACCGGGCAGAGACCAUUUCGACAAGAGUUUUCUACCUUUAAGGAAUCAGGCCCAGCAUUUGACCUCUAUAUUCUCUCUCUACAAAAGUUUCAGCAGCAAAACCAAUCUGCUCUCCUGUCUUACUAUCAACAAAUCCUUUGGAAAUACGCGCAGCAGAUCGCCACAACGUACCCAACAGCCCAGCGAAGCACGUAUCAAGCCGCCGCCACCACCCUCAGGGUCCCAUACUGGGACUGGGUUCUCAACGCUACGAUGCCCGAUCCAGUCAAUAGUCCUAUGAUCAGUGUGAACUCUCCGCAUGGUGUCACGAACAUUGUCAAUCCAUUGUACAAUUACACCUUUCAUCCUCAGCCUUCUGCUGUAGAUUUUCCGCCCAGUGACGGCAUGAUCGCGGAGUAUCACAGCACCGUGCGCUAUCCAAGUUCCAGUGGGCAGAGUCAACCAGGUCUAGCCAACCUGCAGCUCGAGGCCAAUGCUCAAGCCAUUCACGACGCGACUUAUCAAUUGAUCGCCGACCAGUCCAACUACCCACCGUUCUCGAACACCGGAUACACCGACGGCCGAGGCGGAUCCUACAACUCCCUCGAGAACAUGCACAACGCUAUCCACAGCCUGGUCGGAAACGGAGGACACAUGGGUUAUAUCCCAUACGCAGGCUUUGACCCCAUCUUCUGGCUGCACCAUGCAAACGUCGACAGGCUCUUUGCCAUCUGGCAAGCAAUGUACCCCGAUUCCUACACAACAGCCGAGGCCGACGCCGAAGGCACUUUCACCAACGCUCCUGGCGAGACCGAAGACGUCAACACGUCACUGACACCCUUCCACUCCGACAGCGCGGGCACACUCUACACAUCCGCCUCGGUGCGAUCGACUCGUCCGUUCGGGUACACCUACCCCGAAGUCGUCGACUGGGGCGUCAACGCCAGCCAGCUCUCCUCCAACACCAGAACAGCUUUCAACAAACUCUACAACCCAUCCGGCAGUCUUCCAACACGAUCCCUACUCGACAAGCGAGACGACCCCACAGCGCCCCACACGAACGCCACAGAGUAUGAAUACUCCAUCAACAUCCGCGUCCCAAAAGCAGCCCUCAACCGCCCCUUCUUCAUCCACUUCUUCCUCGGCCCCGUGCCCCCAACCCCCCUCACCUGGUCCUUCGCCCCCACCCUCAUCGCCUCCCAAUCCAUCCUCUACCACCCCCUCACCACCACCACCACCACCACCACCCUCUCCUACGGCCAAAUCCCCCUCACCCGCGCCCUCCGGCGCUCCCACCGCACGGCCCCGCUCGACCCGCGCGCCGUCGUCCCGCUGCUCGGGCGCGGGCUCCGGUGGGCCGUGCAGGAUUUCGAGGACCGGGUUGUGCCGACGGUGGAGGUGGGGGGGUUGAGGGUUUUUGUGGUCGGGAGGGCGGUGGUGGGGAGGAGGGGGGAGGGGGCGGAUGGGUUGACUGGGUAUGGGCCGUAUACGAUUUAUAGGGCCGCGACGAGGGGGAAGGUUGGGGGGUUGCCGGAUGGGGAGGGGAUGUGA